AUGGUGCUCUACGUGGCUGCCGGGGCGAGUGCCGAGACGUGGGCAGUUUCGUGUGCCGUUGGGUCAAAUGGUCGUCCAAUUGCCGGUGCGCUGCAUCUCUCGCCUUCUCCACAGUUGUCCGUCAUGCACUCUGCCCGCGCUGCUGCACAUGCAAUUGCCCAUGCACUUGGCUUCGGCGUGGAGCAGAUGACGAAGCUCGGCAUGUUGGAGGACGUCAAUAACGUGCGCGGCAACCCCAACCCUGUGACGGUGGUGAAGUCGCCUCUUACGCUGGAAAAAACGAAGGCGCACUACGGCUGCACCGACCUCCCGGGCAUGGAGCUGCUCAAGAUGAACGGUGCGGUGCAACCCUACUGGUCGCCGCGCAACGCGAAGGACGAGCUGAUGAGCUUUCUUGGUGGAAUGAACGCCGGCCUCUACACCGCGCUGACGAUGGCGGCGUUUGAGGACCUCGGCUACUACAAGGCCGUGUGGGGGAUGGAGGAGCCGAUGGCGUGGGGCAGCAACUCCGGCUGCGAUCUCCUCAAGAGCCCGUGCUCGGAGGAAACCUCCGCCAAAUACCCCGGCAUGUUCUGCGAUAAAAAGACCGACGACAAAACAGUUCGUUGCACGUCCAACCGUCAAGCCCUCGGGCCAUGUGAUCCGAAUAUUGCUGGACUCGGCGGUGCCCCGAGCGAAACGUGCUCAAUUUUUUGGCCGGAUAAGGGUGGUCCAGAGUUUUUUUGCAGCGUGGCACGCGAACAAAACUUCCCCGGAUCUCUCCAAGGGAGCGGCUCGUGGUGCCUCGAUGCGGAAGCACUCAAGUUAAAGGGCCUUGGUGCUGCCGAGUUGGGCGACAUCGACCUCCGCGCGGUGUGCGCACAGGUGCAGUGCGGGGAGGGCGGCACGGUGAAGGUGAAGUACCUCGGCGCCAGUGAGUAUGUGCCGUGCCUCGAGGGCGGAUCCAUCAAGCUCAAGUCGGAGGACUUUGAGAGCGGCGAGCUCAAGUGUCCCAAGUACGAGGAUGUGUGCACGAUCGCCGCCAACGGCAGCAGCCUUGUCAGCCUCAGCUCCCCAAACAAGGACGACAAUGGUGGCCCCAACAAGAAUGAUGGCAGUGUCGUGGCUGUUCGUGUUGGGGCUCUUGUGCUGGCUGCCGUCGCUGUCCUCGUCGCCGUGGCGGUGCCUCUUUGA